AUGUCGAGCGCGGCAUACAGAAGAAACUUAUUGUAUAGAAGUAUGAAAUUCCUUCCAAGCACUCUCUCAACAGUAAUAAAAAAUAGGGAUGCAGUUUUGAAGUGUCAGGAAGCUGGAGGAGAAGAAAGAAAAAAAAUUAAAAAGUGUAAAUUUAAUUCAGUAAAUGAAGCAGAUCUAAAGUGGGUAAUAAUGGUGCGGAAUCAAAAUUUGACUCUCUUAGGACUACUUAUAAAAGAGAAAGCUAUUGCAUAUGCCGAAAUGUUCGGUAUUGAAGGCUUUCAAUUGAUUUUACAAGAUUAUCAACCUGAUGACGUGUUUAAUAUGGACGAAUGUGGACUUUUUUAUAAAUGCCUUCCAAAUAAGACUUUAGCUUUUAAAGACGAUAAGUGUUUUAGUGGCAAAAAUAGCAAGGAACGAGUAACUGUUGUAGUUUGUGCUAACAUGACAGGAAAAUUAAGAAUUUUAGUAAUAGGGAAAAAUUUAAGUAAGAACAAAGACGUUGGAUACUCUAUCGAUACGGAUGGAAUAGUGGAAUUAGCUAAACAAACUUGUUUAGAUGAGGUAAAUGUAGAAGACGUCGAAGAAAUAGUUCAAGAAACAUCAACUAGUAUUUCUAGUGAUGAGCUCAAAGAAUUAACUGAGCAAGAAGAAAACAAAAAUAUUGAUAGUAGUGAUUUUGAAGAAGAGCAAAAAGAACUUUCGAUAGUGUUUAUAAAAAGGAGUUUCACCAAUUCAAUUCAAAAUACGGACCAAGUUGUUGAAAAUUAUCCAAAUUUUGACAGGAGCUCAAAAGCAAUUGCAUGA